CGGCCCCUCCCUGGCUGUAGUCGCGGAGGAGGAGGCAAGAAAACAAAAACAAUCGUUCGGAGCCGCCAUCUUGGCUCGGGGGGCUCUGUGGCGGCUGAAUGGGGCGGAGAGGAGAUGAGAGGAGACGGCGGAUGCUGCUACACGAAGAGGCGCCCUGAGCGGCCCGACCGGAGACACUGAGACCGCCUCCUCCAUUACCCUCACCCCGGUGUAUGUGUGACUUCUUCCAUGGGGGCCUCCCGCCUGCUGCUUCUCCUCACCCUGCCCUCAGGCUGGUGACCCGAGCGCACGUGCUGGACCUGACCCGACAACACCCGCAUCGCUUCUCCCUUCCCGGACCCGUCUGUGUGUGAGGAGAGGAGAGAGAGAGGGGGCCGGAGACAUGGGAGCCGCCGCCAAGCUGGCCUUCGCCGUGUUCCUCAUCUCAUGUUCCUCAGGAGCCAUACUGGGGAGGUCGGAGACUCAGGAAUGUAUCUAUUAUAACACCAGUUGGGAAAAGGACAAGACAAAUCACAGUGGUAUUGAGCGCUGCCAGGGAGACAACGACAAGAGGAAGCAUUGUUUUGCCACGUGGAAGAAUAGCUCCGGAUCUAUACAAAUACUUAAGCAAGGUUGUUGGUUGGAUGACAUGAACUGCUAUGACAAGAAUGAAUGUGUGGAGCGGAAGGAGAACCCAGAUGUCUUCUUCUGUUGCUGUGAAGGCAGUGCAUGCAAUGAUCGUUUCUUCCACUUUCCAGAGGCUGACGUCACCCAGCCCACUUCUCUCCCAGUUCCCCCAAAGCCUCCUCUGUUCAAUACGUUGCUUUACGCUCUGGUUCCCAUCAUGGGUUUAGCUGUGAUCAUCCUUUUCUCCUUCUGGAUGUAUAGACAUCAUAAGCUUGCUUAUCCUCCGGUGCUGGUUCCAACACAGCACGCCUUUCACAUAAUGAUAGAGGAUCCAGGACCUCCACCGCCCUCUCCACUGCUGGGGCUGAAGCCUCUUCAGUUACUGGAAGUGAAAGCUCGGGGGAGGUUUGGUUGCGUGUGGAAGGCACAGUUGUUAAAUGAACUCGUAGCUGUCAAAAUAUUCCCCAUACAGGACAAAUUGUCGUGGCAAAAUGAAUAUGAGAUCUACAGCCUGCCUGGCAUGAAGCAUGAAAAUCUCUUGCAUUUUAUUGGAGCAGAAAAACGUGGCACCAACUUGGACACAGAUCUCUGGCUCAUAACCGCUUUCCAUGAAAAGGGUUCUCUUACAGAUUAUCUGAAGGCAAAUGUGCUUACCUGGAAUGAGCUGUAUCACAUUGCUGAGACGAUGGCCAGGGGCCUGUCGUACCUCCACGAAGAUAUCCCCAACGUCAGAGAUGGCCACAAGCCAGCAGUAGCCCACAGGGAUAUCAAAAGCAAAAAUAUCCUCCUGAAAAACAACCUGACGGCCUGUUUAGCAGAUUUUGGUCUCGCUCUUAAGUUUGAAGCCGGUAAAUCUGCUGGUGACACACACGGUCAGGUGGGAACACGGAGGUACAUGGCUCCAGAAGUGUUGGAGGGUGCUAUUAAUUUCCAGAGGGAUUCCUUCCUGAGGAUAGACAUGUACGCCUUUGGCCUCGUCCUCUGGGAACUGGCAUCUAGGUGCACGGCAUCUGACGGUCCUGUGGACGAGUACAUGUUACCGUUUGAGGAGGAAAUAGGGCAGCACCCGUCUCUGGAGGACAUGCAGGAGGUGGUAGUACAUAAGAAGAAAAGGCCCAUUUUAAGGGAAUGUUGGCAGAAACACGCGGGGUUGGCGAUGCUCUGUGAAACCAUCGAGGAGUGCUGGGAUCACGACGCAGAAGCCCGGUUAUCGGCGGGCUGUGUGGAGGAGCGGAUCAUCCAGAUGCAAAGACUCACAAAUAUCAUUACCACAGAUGACAUUGUAACAGUGGUCACCAUGGUGACAAACGUGGACUUCCCGCCCAAGGAAUCUAGCCUAUGAUACUUGCACUAGACCAACGGACUCACAGCUGCUAAGCUAAGGAAUGACUCUCAGCGGAAAUGGUUGGUCUGUACUGCAAAAGUCCGUCCCUCGGGACGCACCCGGCGUAUCAUUCCCUCGUGGCCUGCAACGGUUCGGCACGAAUUAUGGAAUGAAUAAAACAUGAAGAAACAAGGAGACCUCUCUGGACAACUCACCGAUUUCCCUCUUUGUUUUCUAAACACGUCAGAGAAGGACUGAACCUUGAGUGAACUACUGCUAUAAAAAUAUAUAUAUAUAUAAAAAUAUAUAUAUGUAUAUAUACACACAUAUACAUAUAUGUGUAUAUAUAUCCU